UCGAGGCGUUGAGAGCCCGAGGAGGCUGGGCACGCAUGACCGGAGUUCAGCAGGCAAAUGCAAAUUGCCCCACCCUGAGCCAUGCUGGGUCCACGCGCACGGUCAGCGAGUGCAGCCCCUUCUCCGAGAUAGCCAUGAACAGCUGCAGGCACAAUGGGGGAGCCAUCCGACCGCUCAGCCACUUGGGCGCCUCCCCCCGCCACCUGCACGAUCUGGAUGCUGAGACGCAGCCCCUGCAGACUUUCCCCGACUCCGGCUUGGAGGUGGUGGUGGCCAAGACCGAUCGUGUCAAGGGCUCGGACCCCCAGCUGGAUGGAAGGGUGGAGGGGGCCGGGUGGCGCAGCCACCGCCACAAGAGAAACCAGAACAUUGGCCACCGGCUGGGCCACCGGCGAGCUCUCUUUGAGAAACGCAAGCGGCUGAGCGACUAUGCCUUGAUCUUCGGCAUGUUUGGCAUCGUGGUCAUGGUGACAGAAACCGAGCUGUCCUGGGGCAUCUACUCAAAGCUGGGCGGGCGGCAGGGUUUGCGGCAGAGCCCUGGUGCCCACCGCCUGGCCGUCCUUGGUUCUCCCGUCCAGCUGUUCAUGGUGGACAACGGUGCGGAUGACUGGCGGAUUGCGAUGACCUACGAGCGGAUCUUCUUCAUCACGCUGGAGCUGCUGGUCUGCGCCAUCCACCCCAUCCCCGGGCAGUACUUCUUCACCUGGACGACCCGCCUGGCCUUCACCUACGCCACCUCCGAGGCCAGCACCGACGUGGACAUCACCCUGUCUAUCCCCAUGUUCCUGCGCCUCUACCUGAUCGGGCGCGUGAUGCUCCUGCACAGCAAGCUCUUCACCGACGCCUCUUCCCGCAGCAUCGGUGCCUUGAACAAGAUCAACUUCAACACCCGCUUUGUCAUGAAGACCCUGAUGACCAUCUGCCCUGGGACCGUCCUCCUGGUCUUCAGCAUCUCCUCCUGGAUCAUCGCGGCCUGGACGGUGCGGGUGUGCGAGAGGUACCACGACAAGCAAGACGUGACCAGCAACUUCCUGGGGGCCAUGUGGCUGAUCUCCAUCACCUUCCUCUCCAUCGGCUACGGAGACAUGGUUCCCCACACCUACUGCGGGAAGGGGGUCUGCCUGCUCACCGGCAUUAUGGGUGCAGGGUGCACGGCACUAGUGGUUGCCGUUGUGGCCCGGAAGCUAGAGCUCACCAAAGCUGAGAAACACGUCCACAACUUCAUGAUGGACACGCAGUUAACCAAGCGGGUGAAAAAUUCGGCGGCCAACGUGCUCAGGGAAACGUGGCUGAUCUACAAGCACACCAAGCUGGUGAAAAAGCUUGACCACGCCAAGGUGCGGAAACACCAGCGUAAGUUCCUCCAAGCCAUCCAUCAGUUAAGAAGUGUGAAGAUGGAGCAAAGGAAACUCAGCGAUCAAGCUAACAUGCUGGUGGACCUGUCAAAGACGCAGAACAUCAUGUACGACAUGGUGUCGGAACUGCAAGAGCGCAAUGAAGACCUGGAGAAGCGCAUCAGCGCGUUGGAGGGCAAAAUUGACACACUGGGAUUCACCCUGCACGCACUGCCGGGUCUCGUGAGCCAAGCCGUGUGGCAGCAGCACCAGCACCAGCACCAGCACCGGGCCCUGCCCCGCGUCUACGGCACCUCCAACGGCUCCGAGCGCUCCUCGUGGACCCCCACACAGCAGCAGAGGUCUCCCCCCACCGCCCCCCACCCCUCCUCCGACAGCGGCUGAUGCGGGCCCGGAGGUCCAGAGCCUGCGCCCGCUACGCGUGGCCACCAUGUGGCCGGAUCCCCUCUGGGCUUUUUUCUGGAAAGCCCCUGGAAGGACAGCAGCCCCCCCCCGUGUCCCAGUAGGGAGGGGGAGGGCCGGGCGGCAUUUGGCUCGGCCUGGAGAACAGACCACCACGCCCGGCCGGUUCCAGAGCAACUUUUGGCAAAGUGUUGGGGCAGGGAGGGGCAGCCUUGGUCAAAAUAAUCCAUGUUCAUAGGAAGGAAGGAGAAGGGAAGUUGGGUCGCUGCGGGAGCCUCAGAUUUGCCGCUGGAAGAGGAAAGGGAAGCUCUUAAAACCCCGAGGAAGUGGGGGCUUGCCCCAUUCCCCGUGGGCAUCUGCAGGGGAGCGAGGGGCGGGCCUGUGGCGGAUGACGGCACCGUGCACGUGACAUGAGUGGGGUUGGAACCAGACCCCUGUGCCUCCAGGGAGCCCACACGGACGUUCUGCAGCACCCCAUUUUUGAUAAUGAGAUCCGAAGGAACGUCUUGUGGGUCAGCCGUGAAGUGCAUUGUGUUGCUUGGCGCAACUGAUAUUCCCAUACGCCAAUACGCACCUGAUGAACGUGUCUGUUAAUAUAAUGGCAUGCAAAAGCGUGGCACCCCUGGCCAAAUUAUAUGUUUCAAGGAAUAGCCGCGUGAAGAGAAGCCGACGCUACCUCUGCACGGGACAAAGUUAAAGAGGACGUCCUUCUGUAAGUCUGAAUGCGUCCCUACUACUUGCACGCAGUUAUUUACAGGUUCAGAAUAAGAAAACUGCCUGGAAUCCGGCCAGCCCACAGAUCACUGCAAGGACCCAGCUGAAGAGUUGGUUGCUACCGGAGUUGUGAUCUCCUGCUCCGCAGCCCAGCGUUGCUCACCCGACAGUGCUCGGCACAGGAGAACGGUCAAAAGGAAACCCAUUCCCCUGCCUUACCACGAAAGCCGUUACCCGGGGCACCCGAAAGAAAACCUUGACGGCCUGAAAUGCCCUGGAACAAAGGGUUUUGGACUGACGUGGCAAAACGCAAACCGUUCAGUUGCAGUGACGCAAAGCACUUUUUGGAGAAAGGGUGAAGCAUUUGAAAAGAGGAGCAGCCUCGCUGACUGGUUAAGAAUAGAGGGGGUCCCGGGCAGCCCGUGGCCCAGGAAAUACCACACGGGUGGAAGGCAGAAUGGAUUCAACUAAAUAUCAACAUAUCCUGGAGGUUAAUGCUGUGUAGCCAGUAAAGAAAUUGAAGCUGAAAAGGGGUCAGACAUUUCACGGGACAACACUCGGAAAGAUACUCCCAGAUCAACCACGAAGUGCUUACAAGAAAGAGGAGGAAAGAUUUUGAAUGGCUUUCACAAUCCCCACGUACUACUGAAAGUCUGUGGGGAGAUCUCAAGCAUGCAGUGCCUGCCAGGAGACCUAAGAAUCUUUCCGACCUAGGAGAGUUCGGCAAGGAAGAGUGGGGGGGAAGCCCCAAAGUUAGAAUAGCAUGAUCCUCAGUUGCUCCAGGAAAUGUUUGGAAGCUGUUACUUCUGCCCGAGGGGGUCAAAGCUCCUGCCCUAGCCAUACUCAGUCUUUUGGGGUUUUCUAGUAUCUGCAGUAUGCAUUCAAAUUUGCUGAAAGAUGCUGUGUUUUUCUUUUACGUGUAGAGGUUGUGCCAACUUCUGUUCACUUUGGCUUUCUUGGAAACGGGGGGGCCUAAAGUUGUGGAGGCAACCGGACCUCCCUGGGGCUGAGGCAGCCUCCAGUCUGCCGGGAGAGAUUUAAGGUUUAGAGUGCAGGUGUUCUGAG